CAAAUCGAUUGGCAUGUGUCAGGCAGAAGCUGAACUCACUUGAUGAAAUCUGACAGGCGGCCAUCCAUUAACGUCUCAGGAUAUCACUCAUAGGAACAACAGUUCAACCAACCAUGUCCAACUCGGGAGGACGGAGGCUGAAGCAGUGGCUGGUGGAGCAGAUCCAGAGCGGGCAAUACUCUGGACUGCAGUGGGAGGAUGAGAGUCGCACCAUGUUCCGAAUUCCAUGGAAACACGCAGGGAAGCAGGAUUACAACCAAGAAGUAGACGCGUCCAUUUUUAAGGCUUGGGCUGUGUUUAAAGGCAAGUUUAAGGAGGGGGAAAAGGCUGAGCCUGCAACAUGGAAGACCAGACUCCGCUGUGCCCUGAAUAAAAGCCCUGACUUUGAUGAGGUGACAGAAAGGUCGCAGCUGGACAUCUCCGAGCCCUAUAAAGUGUACCGAAUUGUACCUGAGGAAGAACAGAAGAAUGGCAAAAGCUCAAUAAUGACCAUGGCGGCUACCAUCAGCUCUGCGGAUAUCCCUGACAUGGACUGCAGCCCUGCAGAGAUAGAGGAGCUCAUUAAAGAGGAGGAAGGCUGUAGUAUACAGGCCAGUCCUGAGUAUUGGUCCCAUGGCAGCAUCAAUGCUUUCCCCCUGAAUCAGGACCCUUUGCCAUCAAGCAACUCAGUCAGCUCAGCUUUCUCCCAGAUGAUGAUCAGUUUCUACUAUGGAGGAAAACUGAUGCACAGCACACUUGUAACUUAUCCUGAAGGCUGCCGGAUCUCCCCGCAGCAGCACCUGGGUCGUGGAGCUCUAUACAAUUCAGACAGCAUGCAGAGUGUUCCUUUUCCCUCUGCUGAGCUCAUAGAGUAUGACCGCCAGCGCCAUGUCACACGUAAGCUCCUGGGCCACCUGGAGAGAGGCGUACUGGUACGUGCCAACCAGGACGGCAUCUUCAUCAAAAGGCUGUGCCAGAGCCGGGUCUUCUGGAGCGGGCUGGGAGAAGGGGGCUCACAAUACAAUCCCAUGCCUUCUAAACUGGAGAGGGACGCUGUCGUCAAGAUUUUUGACACCGAAAAGUUUCUUCAAGCUCUACAGCUGUACCAGGAGGGGCACUUCCCCGCUCCUGACCCGGCGGUGACUCUGUGUUUUGGUGAGGAGCUGCAGGAUCUGAGCAAUGCCAAGAGCAAACUGAUCAUUGUGCAGAUCACAAUGGUCAACUGCCAGCACCUGCUGGAGGCAGUAAACAUGCGUCGGCCGCAGCCCUACUGCAACAACUCAAACCUGGAGAUGUCUGAUUCUGCGGCCAGUGACCAGAUGGCUCGCAUCUACCAGGACCUGUGCAGCUACAGCGGCCCCCAGAAGCCCGCCUGCUACAGGGACAACAUGCCCAUCACCGCCUGAACUGUGAGCAGCAACGCACCUGCCAUGGAACACACCGAAUGUACAACUUUUUAUAGACAUUUGUUAUUCUCCUAACUUACACUGAAGGAAAUUCAGGUUAGUUUUUACUCUUUAAGUUUAUACCAAUCAUACCAAUCACAUUGUAGACAUGCGUAGAUGGAAUAGUAAAGCUCUUAAAGUAAAACCUUUCAAAUGUAGCUCAUUAGGAUUUCCAUAAUAUCUGUUUGUCUGUUUUUGUAUAUACAGUGUUGAUAUACCCUGCGUCUAACUUCUUUUUUUUAUCAUAAGAAAGAGUAACCAUGUUAUAAUCCAGCUCAUGAGAAACGGUGGUAUAUUCUUAUAUGUGCUACACAACUCAAGAACAGAUUAGUGUUAAAUGAUAGAGAUGAAUAUUUUUUUCAGAAUUCUUUCUAUUUUUUACUUGUAUUACCGAAUAUUUGUAUGACUUGAUAAAAUCUUUUUGGGAAUUUUAGAUGCAAUGUUUCUUUACAUUAAAGAUAUGUUUUACUAUCAGAUUAUUUUGUAUAAACUGCAUUUCUAGUAAAACUAAUUUUGUACUAAACUGCACAUGCUCCUCUGUAAAUAAUGUUCUUUUCUGUUUUAUUUUGACCAAUGCUGAAUGUUUACCAUGAUAGACAUGUUAAUGCUCAAUAACCACAUAUAACA